AUGGACCGCGUCGUUGGAUUGGAUCAGACCCGGAAGAAAAGUCAUGCACUAGAUGAAUGUGUUUCAAUUUUGACCAAGCUUGCCUUAGUUGCGAUGGGUGAAGUGUCGAAGGAGAUCAUUAGAGGAAGUCCUGACUUCUUUCCUAUAAAGCCGAUGGACUAUGGACGGUUUCUGGUAAUAUCACUAGGAACUGGGUCACUCAAACCUAAAGAAAAAUACAAGGCACCUGAUGCAGCUAAGUGGGGCAUCUUGGGGUGGUUAACUAAGGGUGGUUCCACCCCAAUAAUUGAUGUAUUUUCUCAAGCAAGUGGAGAUAUGGUCGAUGUCCACCUCUCUGUUGUUUUUCAAGCACUUCAUAGUGAGAAAAGCUAUCUGCGGAUUCAGGCAUUUGUCACACUGCACCCAUAUAUUCACAACGAGUAUGAAUAA